AUGCAGCCUACACCGUCAACUCCGCGGCAGACCGCCCCCAGUCCGAGCAAGCGCUCUGUCCACAAUGGCCGACCUGCCGAUGGCAAUUCGGAAACACCUCGUGCCUCUGCCAACCUCGACUCUUCCCGGCCGGGCAUGAAGCCGGACGAUGGUACAGCGAGCAGAGCAGGAACGCCCAAGUCUACCAAGCGGCGCAAGCCCCGUCAUCGGAAACGCCGUAAUCGCCGACAGUCUUUUCUUGGUGCAGAAGAUUCCCACCCCGGCGCAGCUGGAUCGUCGGUCGCUGAUCCGGAGGAUCUAAGCAUGAUGGCAGCCCGGCAGACUAGCACGCAGGUACCCUUGCCUUUUUACAACUUGAGACGGGAUCUUAGCAGCACAAGCCUAGAGAGUGAGGCCUUGCUGGACCAUCGUAACCAACCUUCUAUGCGGCCACGGAGAGACAGCCGCCUCGGCCAGUCCUUUCGACCGGGGUCUUCCUCUACCCCAUAUCGAUUUGCUACUGAAACAAGUUCCCGUGGCCUUACGUCGAGGGGAAAGUCUUAUCGGGGGGAGGAUGACAGCGACGGCGAGGAUGUGAACGACCGAACGCCACUGAUUCCGCCAUCUUCGGCCCAUAGUCCUACGAUGCCCCGAUAUGGGACCGAUUCCAAGUCCAGUCCGUUCUCGUUUCGUCAGCGCCGUCCAUCAGGCCAGUCAGGCUCGUCUCGGUGCUCGCCCCGAGCGAUUCCGAGCCCCGGCCUCGUAGAGCAUGAUCGCGACUACGAUAUCAACAACCCUCCGUCCAUGCCCACCUCCCCCAAAUUGGGGCCAGAGAUGAACUACGACGAUGCGGUGGUGACCGGGGCGGAGUUUGACUUCCUGCUGGCCAAAUCCAUUGAUAACCGCAUGGAAAACCUGGCUCGGUCGCAUGAUGUACUGAUCGACGUGGAAGCUGGCGGUGCCAAGGGACCUCAGCCCUCCAUGGGAUCCUCGCCUCCUUCGCCGCACAUGGCGCCUCAGGACGGCCUCCGGCGUCGAAAGACCAUGCCUGCGGAAGAAGAUGUUUGCUUCCCAACGGAAGCAGCUUCCGAGCUUGCUGAAGAGGACGAGUUACGGGCGCCCAGGGAAGAUCAUCGUCGACGACGCCGUCACCGGGAAUGGCCUGAACUGUCCGUCUUAGAUGAAUGGAGUCGUCAGGAGAAAGAGGAGCGAUCUGGGGCUUUGCGUGCUAAGACCAUUAGCGAGCCGAUGCUUGUGGAGGGUCGUCUUCGUCCCCAAUAUCGACUCUGGCGCCGAGAAGAGGAUGAAGCGCCCUAUCGUUUCACGUACUUUAACGAGGAGUUUCAGAGCACCAUUCAUGCGCAGACUAUCUCCGAAUUGGUACAGCCAGGUGGUAGCUUCCGCGAGUUGUUCAUCCCUGAUCCACCCGAGCUAGAUGUCUCAUCUGAUGAAUCGGAUGAUGAGGCGGAAGACCACCCCGGGGAAGAGUCUUCGGCCAACCACCAUGGUAGUCGCCAAGGCAGCCAGCAUGGCAAUAGCCAUAGUGACGCCAACCGAACAGGACGCCUCAAUGGAGCUAGCCACGGCGGCGAUAGUAACCAGCAUAACAACAACAACAACAACAACAACAACACGCCCAAGCAACAUCCACGAAUGUCGGUGAUUAGUGAGGCUAUGUCGGAAGCUCGGACGUCAACCGACGUCUCCCCGGCACGAAAGCAGAGCCAACCCAAGCCUAAGCGCUACGGGCCCCGGCCAACCUUUUGGCUCGAUGUGCUCUCGCCGACUGAUACAGAGAUGCGGGUGCUUGCAAAGGCAUUUGGUAUCCAUGCCUUGACGACGGAGGAUAUCAUGAUGCAAGAGGCACGCGAGAAAGUCGAAUUGUUCCGGAACUAUUACUUUGUCAAUUACCGCACAUUCGAACAAGAUCCUAACAGCGAGAACUACCUCCAGCCCGUCAACAUGUAUGUGGUUGUCUUCCGCGAGGGGGUCCUCUCCUUCCAUUUUUCGCAGACGCCUCACCCGGCGAAUGUGCGGCGGCGCAUCCGGCAACUGAUGGACUACCUGAUUCUGAGUUCGGAUUGGAUCUCGUAUGCGCUGAUUGAUGAUAUCACCGAUGUGUUUGGCCCGUUGAUCCAAGCUAUCGAGGACGAGGUCGAUGAAAUCGACGAGAAGAUCAUGCAGAUGCAUUCCGAUGAGCGCGGGAUUGCCCCCGAUACCAAAGACGACGAGAAGGACAGCGUUGCCACGUCGUUGGCCCCUGGGGAGAUGCUCCGACGUGUGGGUGUAUGUCGUAAGAAGGUCAUGGGGAUGUAUCGGCUGCUGAGCAACAAGGCGGACGUGGUCAAGGGGUUUGCCAAGCGGUGCAACGAGCAAUGGGAGGUGGCGCCCAAGUCCGAGAUUGGAUUGUACCUGGGCGAUAUCCAGGAUCAUAUCAUGACGAUGACGAGCAGUCUGACCUACUACGAGACGCUUUUGUCGCGGGCGCAUUCGAACUACCUGGCGCAGAUCAACAUUCUCAUGAAUGAGCGGCAAGAACAGACAGCGGAUGUUCUGGGGAAGCUGACGGUGCUGGGAACCAUCGUCCUGCCGCUAAACAUCAUCUGUGGAAUGUGGGGGAUGAACGUCAAGGUACCGGGACAGGAUGUCGAUAGCCUGACAUGGUUUUGGUCUAUUACCGGGGGGUUGAUUCUGUUUGCUUUUGCCUCGUUCUACAUUGCCAAGCGGGUGUAUGGAAUUGUAUAG